CUCUGCCUGCCAGACAGCCUGAACCUUCACCGAGACCCGCAGCGGACCAGCAAACCGGGAGAGCUGCCCAUGUUCAGCCAGUCUGAGCUGAGGACCAUCGAGCAAUCCUUGUUGGCCACCCGCGUGGGCAGCAUCGCGGAGCUGAGUGACCUGGUGUCCCGAGCAAUGCAUCACCUGCAGCCCCUCAACGCCAAGCACCAUGGCAACGGCACCCCCCUGCACCACAAGCAGGGGGCGCUCUACUGGGAGCCCGAGGCCCUGUACACCCUUUGCUAUUUCAUGCACUGCCCACAGAUGGAAUGGGAAAAUCCCAACGUGGAGCCCUCCAAAGUCAACCUCCAGGUGGAAAGGCCCUUCCUCGUGCUGCCGCCACUGAUGGAGUGGAUCCGGGUGGCCGUGGCGCACGCCGGCCACCGCCGCAGCUUCUCCAUGGACAGCGACGACGUCCGCCAGGCCGCCCGGCUGCUGCUGCCCGGCGUGGACUGCGAGCCGCGCCAGCUCAGGGCCGACGACUGCUUUUGCGCUUCUCGGAAGCUGGACGCAGUGGCCAUCGAAGCCAAGUUUAAGCAGGACCUGGGUUUCCGGAUGCUGAACUGUGGGCGGACGGACCUGGUGAAGCAGGCAGUGUCUCUCCUGGGGCCCGAUGGAAUCAACACCAUGAGCGAACAGGGCAUGACCCCCCUGAUGUACGCCUGCGUCCGCGGGGACGAGGCAAUGGUUCAGAUGCUGCUGGAUGCCGGAGCUGACCUGAAUGUGGAGGUUGUCAGUACUCCUCAUAAAUAUCCAUCCGUCCACCCUGAGACCCGCCAUUGGACGGCUCUGACUUUUGCUGUGUUGCAUGGACAUAUUCCUGUAGUUCAGCUCCUCCUGGACGCUGGGGCCAAGGUGGAGGGCUCUGUGGAGCAUGGCGAGGAGAACUAUUCAGAAACGCCCCUCCAGCUUGCAGCCGCCGUAGGAAAUUUUGAGCUGGUUAGUUUGCUGUUGGAGCGUGGCGCGGACCCCCUGAUAGGAACCAUGUACAGGAAUGGAAUUUCUACCACCCCCCAGGGUGAUAUGAACUCUUUCAGCCAGGCCGCAGCCCACGGACACAGGAAUGUGUUCCGCAAACUGCUCGCUCAGCCAGAGAAGGAGAAGAGUGAUAUCCUGUCCCUGGAGGAGAUUCUGGCCGAGGGGACAGACCUGGCGGAGACAGCCCCGCCCCCCCUGUGUGCCAGCCGCAACAGCAAGGCCAAACUCAGAGCCCUGAGGGAGGCCAUGUAUCACAGCGCUGAGCAUGGCUACGUGGAUGUCACAAUUGAUAUCAGGAGCAUAGGUGUUCCGUGGACCCUGCACACCUGGCUGGAGUCUUUGCGGAUCGCCUUCCAGCAGCACCGCCGGCCUCUCAUUCAGUGCCUGUUGAAGGAGUUUAAGACCAUUCAGGAGGAAGAGUACACGGAGGAGCUCGUCACCCAGGGCCUGCCCCUCAUGUUCGAGAUCUUGAAAGCCAGCAAGAACGAAGUGAUCAGCCAGCAGCUGUGUGUCAUCUUCACUCACUGCUACGGGCCCUACCCCAUCCCCAAGCUCACAGAGAUCAAACGGAAACAGACCUCGCGCCUGGAUCCUCAUUUCCUUAACAAUAAAGAAAUGUCAGAUGUUACCUUUCUGGUAGAAGGAAGACCAUUUUAUGCUCACAAAGUGCUGUUAUUUACAGCCUCUCCAAGGUUCAAAGCCCUCCUCUCUAGCAAACCAAUAAAUGACAACACCUGCAUAGAGAUCGGAUACGUGAAGUACCCCAUCUUUCAGCUGGUCAUGCAGUACCUCUACUACGGUGGCCCAGAGUCGCUUCUCAUUAAAAACAACGAGAUCAUGGAGCUUCUGUCUGCUGCUAAAUUUUUCCAGCUGGAGGCUUUGCAGCGACACUGUGAGAUUAUCUGUGCAAAGAGCAUCAAUACCGACAACUGUGUGGAUAUUUACAACCACGCCAAGUUUCUUGGAGUCAUGGAGCUCUCAGCAUAUUGCGAAGGCUACUUUCUCAAAAACAUGAUGGUCCUCAUCGAAAACGAAGCAUUCAAGCAGCUCCUAUACGACAAAAAUGGCGAAGGGACGGGCCAGGAUGUGCUCCAGGACUUACAGAGGACGUUGGCCAUCAGGAUUCAGUCAAUCCACUUGUCAUCUUCCAAAGGUUCUGUUGUAUGAAACGUCCAGUCCAAGGAAUGUUCCCUGGGGACUUGCCAGUUCUGCUGCUGCAUUGGCUUCACACGAACAUACAAGUCUCACCUGGCGUCUGUUUUUGGCUGGGCCAAGGAGCUGCCUUUACUGCCUCAGCUGCUCUUGAAUAAGCAAAUGCAGCUCCCAUGAGCUCCUGUUGAGAAACAAAGGACAUGCCACUGGCCUGCAGGUCAGAUUGCAGCUGGAUCCAGAGCUAGAAGGCCAACGUGGGGCAGCCGAGCUAACCUCAUCUGAAAGCACCCCUGGGGCAGUUGAACACCCCUUGCCAGGGGCCGCUGUCCAGCAAAUAGACUGAGAACUAAAGGUCGUUCAGGUUCCAGGUUGACAGCUGGAGAACUUCACUGUACCAACCCUGAAAAGCAUUAUAUUUAUUACACAUUACCUUAGUAGCUGCAAUUCCGCAAGAGUUAAACCAUGGUAGCAAAUUGGUGAGACUGUUACCAAUGACGAAGACAUCAUUUGGCAUAUUUUUAGGGGUGGGAACUUUUUAAAAUGUUCAUAAAAAAAAAAACCCCAAAACAGGGCAGCCUUGUAGUUUAAAAUAUAUUUCUAAAAGCUUAACAGUUCAUUUUCAACUGGAUUGUGUUUAGGGAUCUGUGUUUUGAGAUUUCUUUUUUUAAAAAAAAAAAAAACAGUCGCAGUUCUACACUGUAUAAACAUGCAUCUGAGAAGAUAUUGCUGAUAUUCUACACAAGGUGAAAUAAUAACCUUGCCUUAGUGAUUAUGGUUACACAAAAGAGGUGCACUGCCAAUAAUUAACUCAAUAGUUGAAAAAAACCUGCAUGCUAAUCGUGAUUUCGGGGUGAGAAUAAAAUCCCCCCACAUAAAAAAAAAAACAUGCAUUUGCAUGGGCCUGAACCUGUAAAAUGUUAUGUUUGUGCUUCAUUUUUGCCAAGGUAAAAAUGUCCCAUCACUUCUUGCUAAAAGUCCAUUUGGUGAAACUAACAUAUCCAUUUCCUUUCCUAGUUACAAAUGAUGCUGGGAUGCUUUUGCAGAAAUGUGUUCAUAGAUGAUGCUGCAUAGGGGAUGGGGGGGGGCACGUCAGAGAAUUUACUAUUAAUCCCAGAGUUUCCUCUGUAUUCUCAGAAGAUGUUAAUAGUUUGUUACUAGCCAGAGGAUAUGACUAUGUUAGAUUAUUUUUAAAGAUGAAACAUGUAUGAUAGGAUGGAUUCUUUCUGUAUUCUGAGAGUGUACAGUACAGGGUUAUCUAUAAUGAAAGUUUAUAUCGACAGGGUUCUGUUUGCUUUGCCAUAUAUUAUAAACAAAAGAGAUUAGUGAAGUGCCACAAUAUUCCAAAUAAUUUUUGAGUAGCUGCCUUUUUUUUCUUGUCCUUUCAUUUGAAACUUAGAUAACAUGCAGUACAAACUAGGAGAAUGACUCUUACCCUUUGGGAUGGCAAAGUUUCGUUGACAAAACUAUUUCCUAGCAUGCCUUUGGGAACUUGUGCGCAGACCCCAGAGUCUAAAGGAGCUGCUGUUCAAACGUUGUACUAGCUCCCUGAGCCAUUGUUCAGAGGACCAAUGUCAAGUCCUAUUUCGUGGGUAUGACCCAUGGAGUACCCGGGCCACAUCUGUCUGCAGCAUUGGCUCUUCUGUGAUGCUGAUACACAGGCCUCUCUUCCACUUGGUCAUUUGCAAACCUCCCCAGCCCCCAACAUCCGAUGAGGAAGGGGAAAAAAAAAAACUGCCUACAGAGGAGUCCAAGUUACAGAUACACAGCACAUCCUGAGUCAUUGCUGUCUCUCGCCUCCUGCUGUCCGAGAUGCUGCGUGGAUGUUUCCUUAACCGCGACUGACUUCCCUGUGAAUGUCUGAUGCUAGCUCUGGGCCUCUGGGCAUUGAUUUGUACAGUGGCAACUCCUGACGGGCUUCUGUCAUAGUUUGGUGUGCUUUCUCUGUCAUUAAAAGAAAUGA